AUGGAGUGUAUAAUAGGUAUCAAGAUGAACGAUUUUGUGUUGUUAGCGGCCGACAUGCGGUGCGCUCACUCAAUUCUUACCAUUAAACACGAUGAGCGCAAGAUGUUCAAAUUCAGUAAACGAGUUCUUGCUGCUGUUUGUGGUGAGUCUGGUGACACUUCUCAGUUUUCGGAAUUCGUUCAACAAAACAUGCAGUUGUAUGAAAUAAGAAACGGGUACGAGUUAACUCCUAGUUCAGCUGCCAAUUUUACCAGAAACAAUAUGGCAGAAUCUCUUCGUAGUCGGUCACCGUACUUUGUUAAUCUACUUAUCGCUGGAUUUGACCCUCAGACAGGUCCUGAGCUAUACUUUUUGGAUUACUUAGCGUCCUUAAUUAAAGUCCCCUUCGCGGUGCAUGGAUAUGGUGCUCUUGUUGCCUUGAGUAUCCUAGAUCGUAUGCACCGUCCAGAUAUGACUGUGAGUGAAGCUGUUGCACUGUUGCGUUUGUGUAUUCAGGAAGUUCAAAAACGUCUUGUUAUAAAUCUUGAUCGAUACAUGGUCCGUAUUGUCACCAAAGAUGGUAUUGAGGAGCUACCUGACCUGACUGACUUUGCUGUAAAAGAAUAA